AUGUCGGAGCGAGGUCAUUUUCGUGGAGGCGGCCGGGGAGGCGGCGGCAGAGGCGGUGGACGUGGCGGAGGCGGUGGCCGCGGUGGCGCCCAACAACAGUCCGACAGAUUACAGGAGAAGCCCAAGAAGGAGAACAUUCUCGACUUGACAAAGUAUGUCGACAAGCAGAUCAACGUCAAGUUCAAUGGUGGGAGAGAAAUUGUCGGCACGCUCAAGGGUUACGAUCAGUUGAUGAACCUGGUAUUGGAUGAUGUCAAGGAGACCAUGAGAGAUGACGAGGGCAACGAGACAACACGACCCCUCGGGCUCAUAGUUGCCCGCGGAACAUUACUCGUGCUAAUAUCGCCUGUCGACGGAAGCGAGGAGAUUGAAAACCCCUUCCAGCAGCAGCAGGAAGAGUAA